AUGGUUAAAGAUGCAGCAGAGCAUAUUGAAUAUGAACAUGAACGAACGCACCCAGGAAUUCAGUGUGGCAGACCUCGAUGUUUAACCAAGUUCCAAGAGUUUACUUUGACACUAGUGAGAUUAAGGCUUGGAUUGCUGGAAAAGGACCUUGCUCAUCGGUUUAGUGUCUCAAGACCCCUUGUAUCCAAAGUUUCAAGGGCCUGGACGAGAUUUCUGAGGGGACAGUUUGAGCCACUUAUUACUAUUCCACCCAGGGAAGUUCUCAAACUCUACAUGCCUGACAUUUUCAAAUCCUUCUAUCCAGACUGUGUCAUUAUUGUGGACUGUACAGAGUUUGAGAUGGAGAAACCUUCAGCACUUAAUUCUCAAUCUGCUUGCUACUCGUCAUACAAGUCUAGAACGACGAUGAAAGCCUUGCUUGGUAUAACACCCAGUGGUGCUUUAUGUUUUGUCAGUGAGCUAUUUCCUGGUUCAACUUCUGACAAGGAAAUAACAGCUCAAAGUGGACUGUUGGACAAGUUACAACCUUAUGAUCAAGUUAUGGCAGACAAAGGGUUCAACUGCACUGAUGAGCUUGCUUCUGUGGGAGCAGAACUGAUUAGACCAGCAUUUUUGGUUAAAGAUACACAAUUCUCAAAAAGAAGAAACCAACCACAACAAGAUUGUUGCCAGUUUGAGAGUACAUGUUGA